AAACUGGCAGCCACGUCACCGCCACAGGUCUGACAAACUUUCCCAGCCCUUUGCGAACAGUGCUGCAGAGGAAUCCCUAUGCAGAAUAUCUAGAAUGAACAUUUAAGAGCAUUUGUAGUGAUUUCCAAAGUACAGGAGGACAUAACAUUUGGGAACAUUGGAGUUAUUUGGGCUUUUUUUUUAAAAUUUUUUUUUUAGAAGAGUCAUUUUACAUACGUUAUUGUUUUGACUUCGCCUGAAGACUACUUGGAGGCCUCAUUCUUACAGAUUUGUACUAUGAAUAUCUUCCGUUUAGCCGGUGACGUGUCACAUCUCGUUGCUAUCGUCAUUCUAUUUAUGAAGAUAUGGAGGUCCAAAUCCUGUGCUGGUAUUUCUGGGAAGUCUCAGGUGCUUUUUGCAUUAGUCUUCACUACAAGAUACUUGGACCUGUUAACUAGCGUAAUCUCCAUCUACAACACAGUUAUGAAGGUGGUGUUCCUGGCUUUGGCAUAUGCCACUGUGUACCUGAUCUACAUGCGCUUCAGGAGCACCUUCGACUCAGAGAGUGACUCAUUCCGUGUUGAGUUCCUGCUUGUGCCUGUGGCUGGGCUUUCCUUCCUGGAAAACUAUGCAUUUGCCCCCCUGGAGAUCCUGUGGACCUUCUCCAUCUACCUGGAGUCAGUGGCCAUCUUGCCCCAGCUCUUCAUGAUCACCAAGACCGGCGAGGCAGAGUCCAUCACCACCCACUACCUGUUCUUCCUGGGUCUCUACCGAGCCCUGUACCUGGCUAACUGGGUGUGGCGCUACCACACCGAGGGCUUCUUUGACCAGAUUGCUGUGGUGUCCGGUGUGGUGCAGACGAUUUUCUACUGUGACUUCUUCUACCUUUACGUUACCAGGGUGCUCAGAGGAAGUGGAAAGAUGUCCCUGCCCAUGCCCAUCUAAAGAGUCAGUGCUGUUUUAAGCGACAGUUGAGCAGUUCAGUAACUGACAGCACCUCUGCCCUCCAAUCAUACUUAGUAAUGGACUACAGUCUGCAGUGUCACAGUACCCCCUGUAUACCCUGGGGGGUAUAUACUGUACCCAGAGGGCAACCGUCGUGUUGUUGGUACCUGGUGUGUUUGUUGUUUAGCCUUAGUGAAUGUGUGCUUUUCCCUAGACUAAAAUGACCAAAGAACGUUGUCCUAUGUUUUUGUGCAUGAGUGUGUGGAACUGAAUGUUAAUGGGAAUUGAGUAAAUUGAAUACUGUGGGAAUUUUUAUUUUAUUAUACUUUUUUUCAUGGAGGCAGAUAUUGUCCCACUUGAAUUAGUCCAAUGGAGUUUGUGCCUUAAUUUUGCUUUUCUAGUGAAUGGCAUAUUUUGAAUGUCUUAUUACAUCAAAAUGGUUUAAACGUUGUAUAUAUGUGAGACAUUUGUUCUGCUUUCCUGUCUUUUCACAAUUUCUACAUAUAACAGUGACCAACCUUCAAGGCUUGCAUUGUUUCACCAAGCAGACUUCAUUGGGAGUCUUGUAUUUAGGCUGCUUUGGGUGAUAUGGGGUGGCAGCGUAGCCUAGUGGUUAGAGCAUUGGAUUAGUAACCAAAAGUUCAAAUCCCUGAGCUAACAAGGUACAAAUCUGUCGUUCUGCCCCUGAAGAAGGCAGUUAACCCACUGUUCCUAGGCCGUCAUUGAAAAUAAGAAUUUGUUCUUAACUGACUUGCCUAGUUAAAUAAAGGUAAAAUAUUUGCCAUCCUUGUCAAGAGUUAUGCUAUGUUCUUCCCUUUCUGAAAAUAAGUCCAUGGAGAUGCCAUACAGAACGCACUGUCAUGUAUGAAACUCUUAUAUCUGUCCACUUCUUGACUGAGCCAAGGUUCUUCUUAAAUACAUUGUAUUCUGUACUUUGAUUUUACCAGUCAUUUCCAUUACUUUAAUAUUCAUGCAUUUCAUUAAGCAAAACGAUACACAUUUUUGUGAUGUCACAGUUCAAACAAAAUAUAUUUUGUAUUUGAUGAGGCAUCAACAGUUAUUUCUCACUAACUAGAGUUCAUUCAUAUCUCAACAUUUAUUGACAAUUUUUUUUUGGACCAGGAUUACAAUGGCAAAGGCAGAUUAAUGCUUCAACAUAAUGGAAAGUUACUUACACUAAGUAUCUUGGUACUACUAGAUUUGUAUAUGCGUGCCAAACUUUUACAACUGUGGUUCCCAUGUUGUAAUGAUCAACAUUUUAAUACAAAGAAUCUUCAUCAUUUGUAAAUCAGGUCAGUAAAAGGUAUCUUUACUGCUUCA